CUAAUCAGCUGCUGCUGCUGACCCACAAUGCAUUGCGCCACGGUCGCAUCAGUUUAGCAAAUCUUUAGUUUUCCCUUUUAGUUCACAUCUAAAACAUUCUUGUAUUCGGUACCACACUUUUUGCCCGCACAGUAGCGCUUCAACAAUAACCAGUUCUCCUGCUGCUGGCAAAGAUGGCUCACCUCACAGAGCUUUUCAAGUAUGUGGACGAACACCAGGACGUUUAUGUGCAGCGACUUCGUGAAUGGGUGGCUGUCCAGAGUGUGUCUGCUUGGCCUGAGAAGCGUGGUGAGAUCAAGAAAAUGAUGGAAAUGGCAGCCAAAGACAUUGAGAAGCUGGGAGGCACUGCAGAGCUGGUGGACAUUGGCAUGGAGAAGCUUCACACUGGGGAGGAGAUCCCCUUACCUCCUAUUGUCCUGGGAAGUUUGGGGUCAGAUCCAGCCAAGAAGACUGUGUGUAUCUAUGGCCACCUUGAUGUCCAGCCGGCCAAUAUAGAUGAUGGCUGGGACACAGAGCCUUUCACUCUGGUGGAAAAAGAUGGUAAGCUUUAUGGAAGAGGCUCUACUGAUGACAAAGGUCCAGUUUUGGCCUGGUUCAACUGCAUUGAGGCCUAUCAGAAGAUUCAACAGGCACUUCCUAUCAACAUCAAAUUCUGCUUUGAGGGGAUGGAGGAAUCUGGAUCCGAAGGCCUGGAUGAGCUGGUAUUUUCUCGAAAAGACACCUUCUUAAAAGAUGUGGACUAUGUCGGCAUCUCUGACAACUACUGGCUGGGCAAGACCAAACCAUGCAUCACCUACGGUCUGAGAGGAAUCUGCUACUUCUUUAUUGAGGUGGAGUGUUCAGAGAAGGAUCUACAUUCAGGGGUGUUUGGCGGUUCUGUUCAUGAAGCCAUGACAGACCUCAUUGCACUUAUGGGAUCCCUGGUGGAUAGAAAGGGGAAGAUUUUGGUUCCUGGGAUAUAUGAAAGUGUAGCCCCUCUGACAGAAGAUGAGAAAAAGCUCUAUGAGAAGAUUGAGUUUGACCUGGAGGAAUACUGUAAAGAUGUUGGAGUCGAACAACUGCUGCAUGAUACAAAGGAGCAAAUUCUAAUGCACCGCUGGAGGUACCCAUCUCUUUCUCUUCAUGGCAUUGAGGGAGCUUUCUCUGAAGCAGGGGCCAAGACUGUCAUUCCCCGCAAGGUCAAUGGCAAGUUCUCCAUCCGCCUCGUCCCGGACAUGGACCCCAAAGUUGUGGAGAAGCAGGUUAUUGAGUAUCUGCAGAAGAAGUUUGCCGAACUGGGAAGCCCCAACAAACUGAAAGUGUACAUGGGCCAUGGAGCCAGGGCCUGGGUCUCUGACUUCAACCACCCGCACUAUAUGGCUGGUCGAAAAGCCAUGAAGACAGUAUUUGGUGUGGAGCCUGAUCUAACCCGGGAGGGUGGAAGCAUCCCUGUCACUCUGACUUUCCAGGAGGCCACAGGACGUAAUGUGAUGCUGCUUCCUGUUGGAUCCUCUGACGAUGGAGCUCAUUCCCAGAAUGAGAAAAUCAAUCGAUCCAACUACAUUGAGGGAAUCAAGAUGCUUGGUGCAUAUAUUCAUGAGGUUUCCCAACUGGAAUAAACUGACAUGUCACCAAUAACUAUCGUGUCCAUCUUCACAAUUAGAGCCAUACCAUUUUUGGUUUGAUGAUCAAUGGUUUUCUAUUUACUGCCUCAUAAUAAAAAUAGUUUUUCUUUC